UGUGACCCUCCGUCCUCUCUGCUUCCCCCCACCCCCCAUCCAUUCUCCGACCUCAGUGAGUAGCUGGCCUGUGGCUCCACAGCACCCUGGGGGGGGAGAGGCUAGGCAGUCUGUGGGUGAGACUGUGCUUCUUAGCAGUCAGUGAAGGCAGAGAAACCAGAGCCUCUUUUAGCUGGGACAUUCCUCCCUCUCCUGGUGUUCCCAGCCACCCAGGUCAAGGGGAUCAGGAGGCAUGGACACAGGGACAAAGAGCCCUGUGUUGAUGGCUGCUCUUGCUGGGGGAGGGUAUGUCCGGCUGGGCCUGUGGGGUCAGGAUCCCAUGCCUGAGAGGUCACUUGCCCCAGAGCUGCCUCUCCCACGCUCGCUGUCCUCAGAACACCCACUUUCUUUCAGCCAGUGGGGAUGGGAUUUACAGGCCUCUGCAGCCAGCCUCCGUCCACACUCCACUUUGUUCUCCCGGGGCCUGAGUCCCCAAAGCUUGGUUUGUGGGAAACCCAACCUGCCAGGCCCUUGGCCCAUCAGCAGGAAGUGUCCCACCUUCCCCUCCCAGGCUUUCCGGGCCCAGCAGUCCACGGUGUUUUAUUUAGAAGAUGUAUUGCUUUGAUAGGGCUUCAUACUGACAGAACCCUCCAGUAGCUGCUGACUUUAGCUCCGUGUGUGUCAGCCAGAGACCUCUGGGGCGCAGCUUGGGGAAUAUGAGAAGGGAGCCAGGCCGUCUCUCCAUUCUUGGCCCAGAAAGGUGCCUCCUGCCUCUCUUCAGCUGUACUCUUGCUUGGAGCUCAGAGGCGGGAGACCAGGAGCUGGCGCAGUCCGGACUUGUAAACCUUGUUGCCUGGUUCUGAGCAGUGGCAAAGCAAGUCGGGACCGGCAUUGGCUGUGCUGGUGUUCAUCCCAGGACAAUGCGGUUGCUUCCUUAGACUGUGUAGCCCAGUGCCACUCAAGGAAAAGCCACACUGCUUCUUGCUGAGCACUAGAGUGGGGACUUUCCGAUAAAGGAAAGCAGGAAUGAGCUGGGUGGGAUGGCCCGGUGGGUAGUGCGUGGAGCUGGUGCCUGUGGCCAGCUUCCCCUGGGUUUGCACCUCAUUGUAAAUCUCCAACAUGCUUACUCUGGGUGACUUUGUGAGCAUGACUCUGUGGCUGGUCUCUGAUGCCUGGGUCUCCUAAGGUGCGAAGGAACCCAGACCAGUGCAGACAAGCAUUUCCGGGCUUGGAGCCUUUCCAGAGACCCUGUGCCUUAGUGUUGCACAGGUGUAAGAUGGCGGUUCUCAGAGCACUAGGCCACACCUGCCCCUUGCUCACCUUUCCCCGUUUUUUCUCUCUUCCCCUUUGUCUUUCUCCUCUAGACUAGCACUUCUGCUGUGCUGCUGAACUCCCAGGGGCUGCUGCCCGGCUCUUCUCCAUCCCCGCCCCUCACCCUCCUUCAUCCUCCUCUUCCUCCCACUAACUCCUCCCCUGGAGACCACACCCCAGAGGCCCUCUACACAGAAGGCAGUAGUCAGGUCCUUUUAACUUCUGUGGCUCCCAGAUGGCUUUGUUUGGGUAGUCCUGAGGACACGUCUGACACUCAAAACUCAAGGUAUCCUUCUGCUGCGGCUUCUCGACAGUCACGUGGUGUGAAGAGCCAGGCUCAAGUUAGGUGUGGCCUGAUGGGCGCUGUGGGUCCCCCCUCUAGGACUCCCCCAUGCCACAUUCCAUACCCUGCAAGGAGCACAGGGUCCCCGGGGCCACUGGCCAACCAUGUGUUUUCAGAGGAGACUGUGGCUCCCAUUUGGGGACGGCCACAGGCUCUGACAGCAUCCAGGCCUGAGAGUCCCCACGGAGUGACUUACAGCUUUCAGAAAGGGCUUGAGCCACCCGCUGUGGCAUUAGAUAGGCAAGAUAUCCUUCCUGACACCUGGGCUCUCACCAAGGAGUGUGCCCUGCAGGAGAGGGCACAGUCAGAACCAGAGGGCCUGGGAAGCACUUGUCCUGCUGCAGGGGACAAGGAGCAGCUCCGUGGGAAGACUCCCCAGAAGGGAAGCCUUGGGGGACCCACUGAGGCACUCGGGAGCCCAGGGAACCCAGAAGGUACCACCGAAGCCACUCUGGAGGCCAGGAAGGAGCAGCCGGAGCCUUCUCAUGCCAUGGCCGUGGGGACACCCAGCGUCUCGGAGAGGAUUUCCACCUCCGGCCAGGCAGGCACCAGCUUGUGUGGUCACUAGGCAUGGCUCUGGCAGGACUUGAGUGUGGGCCACUCCUUGCUAACUGCAUGCUGCCCUUACAAAUGCCUUCCUGGGCAGAGAGUGCCAAAGGAUGAUGGUCCUAAAGAUAUGCUUGGCGGUGAGCCUGUGGGGCCAGCCUUGUGUCUAGUGAUGUUCGAUCUCCUGCUUAAGAUGUCCCUUAGAGGAGCUGACCCGGCAUCUCAGUGUACAGAACGGUUAGAUGCGUGGAUUUGGGAACUACAGAGAUCCACACAGCACUCUGGCAGCUCUCACUCCCUAUGUCUACUUGGGGAACCACCCAGAGGCUCAGCUUUCCCCUCUUUAAAAUGGGAGCACUAAUAGCACACUGUCCCAAGGUCACGCAGAGGGUUGGCUGAGAUAAGUCCUGGAAAGUGGAAACAACCCAGUCCAUGGUUUUUCUUCCCUCCGCUCCUGGCUGUCCGUCCUGCCUUUGCCUCCUCAGUGCUGGGACUCUAGCUGUGUGCCACCAUGCCGGGCUCUUCCUUGUUUCUCGUAGGAUUCUGACUUUACGCCUUCAUCCCAAACCGUUUCCGCCAACAGUACAAAUGAGUAAGCUUUAAUGCGUACUAUAAACUACGUACAAACACUGGCUAAAAGAUGUAAAGAAAAGAGAAGCCUCCAUCUUUCUACUUAAGUAGUGAGGAGAGAGGCGAGGGAGGGGUGAGAACAUCAGAUGACUACUGUGUGACCCCAAGUGUGAGCCAGGAGAGCCCCGCUGGCUCCGGCUAAGGAGAGAGUAUCCUAUGAGUAUUUUGUCCACGGUUAGAGAUUGACUUGUGAGUGAGCGCUAGGCCGUAGGACCCUUGACAGCCCUGUCUGCUUCCUGCUUUCACCUGUCUCAGGUGGCUUCUUGGUUGUUCUGCUUUGACUUCUUGUGACCCCUGGUGUGGCCCAAGUGGCGGCGUCCCACCUUCCCUGAAAUAGGAUUGGUGACGGCUGCUUUGUCCUCCUCCCCCAGAUCCGCUCUGUGAUCAGGAGGAGCCGGGAGACGGGCCACGUGCACCCCAUGUCCCGGGAGCCCUCCCCUCGCCGCAGGCUGGACCCUGCCAGCCUGAGCAGGAACCCAUCCCAGGAGCAGCUCAUUGCCGAGCUGCAGGGCCGGCUGGGCAUCCAGCUGGCGGCCGAGGAGGUGGCAGGGGCCCCCGAGCAGGACUGGCUGACGGAAGGCGUUGUUAUCACCGUGCAGCCACGUGGGAGGCAGGCCGGGGGGCAGCUGGUAGAGAAGGUUGUCUACCCUCCUGACUCUCCCAUUCCCCUGAGAAGAACCAUCUCUGUUGUGGCUCCUUCUCCCCCUGCCCCUUUGCUCCAGGAUCACCCCGACCCUUCGACUGGCAGCUCUCCUCUCCCACCCAGCCUGCCCACUCCCUCCUGGCCAGGGCCCUUGGCUGCUGCUUCUGCUCCAUCUUCUGGGGUCCAGACUGAAGGGGGGAAGUCCCCAGAGGAGGGUGGGCGUGGCCCUCCUGGUCUCAUCUCCGUGCCCCACACUGUGAGGUCUGUGGGCUGCCAGACCAAUGAGGACCCACUCUUCUGCCCGAUGCAGGCCGGCCUCCUGGCACCUUGCCCUGCCCGUGCCCUGUCUCGUCCCAAGCCACCUCCCAACUCCGAGGAUGCUGCAGAGGUGUGCACUCAUGCAGGCACGGAGGGCUCCGUCCUCCAUCCUCAACCCAGACAGUAAUUGGAGUCCUUCCUUAGGGUCUGCCUGACCCUGGUAUCUAGGCAGCAUUUCAGUAAAUCACACACACACACACACACACACCCGCCCAUUCCCUUGGGUUCGUCAGCUGAGGAGGCCAUUUCCACACUGGAAACUAUGAACCAUCUCUGCCCUUGUUGGCCUGGGCCUGCCAUUGUCAGGGCCUCCAUGUCUACCCCUUCCCCCUCUCCCUCCCCUUCUUUUCCUAGGCUUCCUCUCUCAGGUUCUCUCUCUCUCCCUCCCGAAUCUCUUCACCUCCACUCCCAACCCCCUCUUGUUUUCUGCCAUUGCCAGUAGGGAGAACUCCUCUAACUUUGUGUGAUAAUCCAGUGGCGAGGCCUCUCCAUCUCGGUUUUUAAACAAUGCUUUCUCCUCUUCUCCUCUCUUUGCC